AACGGGCCUAAUGUAUGGAGCCUGUUUUCCCCAAUUAUUCGCGAAAUUCCAAAUUCAUGUUCAAGUGGUGUGCCACAAGGAGGAGCACUUUCACCAUUACUGUUCUUGAUUUACACAUUGGACCUGCCAAAAAUUCUCAAGGUUCAUCCCAGUAUUGAGGUUAAAAUGUUUGCUGAUGAUAUCAGAAUCUAUUGUGUUUACGACAGUCAUGAGCAACCAGUAAGACACAAAAUGCUAAGCUUAUCCAUCGAGAAGAUGGUGAGUUGGUCCACAGACUGGGAACUCCCCUCAAUUUGGAAAAAACUGUACAUCUCCAUCUGGGACCCUGCCCACCCAUCCCAAUGCUCUGUCAAGGACCUGGGGAUUCUUUUUGAUGUACGGCUGGCAUUUGAUGAGCACAUUGAGAUGGUCGUGAAAAAGGCCAUUAGGUGUCUUUUCCUGGUAUUAAGGAAUGUGCAAUGUAACGACCCCAGUCUCCUUGUCAGGCUGUACAACAUUUACAUCCGGCCUCAUCUAGAGUAUGGAUCC